AUGAACAGCCAGUACAUGCACAGGGAAGUCUUCUGCUGCGAGUCCUGCAGUGAACUCAAAAGCUUCUGGGAGAAGGAAAUUCGCAAACAGACCUGCUACAGGGAACUGGAAGAAGAUCGCCAGGGGAGGAGCGCUCUGAGGAAGCUCAGGGAAGAAUGGAGGCAGAGGCUGGAGCAGAGGCUGAGGAUGGUGGACACCCCUGACGACAAGGCAACACAGGCCAACCCCGAGAACUGA